UUUUCUGUUAGAGAACUUUUUCAGUUGCAUCGAGAGGCCGAUGCUGAGCUGCGGCCGCCGGGACGGGGGCAGGAGGGCCCCCCACCACUGUGUGAUGGAAAUGGGUGAAGUGUUCCUCCAGCUGUGCCAAGAGGUGGCCAGGCUGCGGGAGCUGUGCUCCAGGCAGAGCGAGCUGCUGCAGAAGUUGAGCGCCAGGAAGGGCCCUGUCCUGGACAUCCCCACAUCGCUGCCCAUCCAGUGCACGGAGGAUGCUUGGGCAGAGGGAGGGGAGCAGCCAGCAGCCAGCCCCCAGGUGCACCCUGAGGCCUCGCAUGGCUCUGCCCACCCGCUGGCCCCACUGCACGCUGCCCACGUGCUGCCCGGCUCCGGUGGUUGGUUCCCAGUGUGCAGUGACCUCGAAGCUGGAAGAGCUGCCCUCCCCGGGGCUUUUGGCAGCAGCCAGGCGGGGAGGAAGGAGAAGAUGCUGGUAGACACAUGGCUGGAGGACUGUAGGAUGGCUCCUACCACAAAUAGCCCCGAGGAAGAAGUGAGACCUUGCUGCAGCCCACAGGAGUUUGCGGCACCAAGCAGUGAGGCUGCGGACUCCUUCCUGACUAUCCUGGAUCUCUACGAAGCCCCAGAAGCCCUUCGGGGGGAGGAUGCUCCCAGCGAGAGCGCUCUGCCUGCUGCAGACAAGGUGCCAGUGGAAAUCCGAGGACCCCUGAAGACCUCCUGGACGCCGGGCUGGGUGCUGGAGGACUCUGUGCUUGGACCGGGCGCAGCCGCGGCCGCUCAGACAUGUGACAUUUGCCAGGAGAUCUUCCCUGCGGACACCGCAGCUCAGGCUGACUAUUUAAAGCACGUCUUAACCCAUAUGAAGUAGAGCUUUAGGACUUCAUGCUCAGGAACCCACGUAUGUGCAACUGUGAGCAGCACAGUGGGUUCCGGACCUUUAGGAGGUGCGGCUGCUGGGUCAGACCAGGCUGCUGUCCCCUUCCGUGUAACCCGGGUUGGUUCCUGCUGCCCUGCCUUGGGCCCCAGUGAGGGUUCUAGGUGUGUUUCAUCUCAUUGAGCUUCGUGGAUAUCAAAACUGCUUCUGUGCUGAGCUCCAGAUGCAUGUAGGAGGUCUGGGGAACUGCAACUUAAUGGGAAAUGGACGUUUUCCCAAAAUUCUCCGUAACUGGAAAAUGUUGAUUUUUUUUUUUCCCUGAAUAGAGAAAAAUAUUUGAAAAGCUGCAUUGUUUUUUUUCCAAGAACACGAGUGAGAGGAUCACCACGUUUUGGUGGCACUAAAUGUGAAUUUGCCUUUGGAGAGGGCGUGAGCGCUGGGGCCGCAUGCACGAUGCCCCCCGCUCUGCUGUGGUGCAAAGCUCUGAUUCCAUCACUACGAGGGGCAGAACUGAGACCUCUCCUCGCUCCUCAUUAAAACCUCAUCAGCUCCAGCUCUUUAGCUCCUGGGAGUUUAAUUGGUCGCUAUCCAGGUGGGAAGAGGCUGCUCAGGGCCCAUAGGUGAGGGAUGGGCUGCUGGGUGUAGGGAAGGGUGGAGUGGCAAGGAGUUCCUGCAGUGCAGCAAUGAGGUGGGCACAUGGGGUGUUAUCCUGCCAUAUCCCUUCUAUUUGGGGUGCUAUCUGUGCUCUCAGAAUGAAGAUUGCACUCCUUCAUUAGCAGCAGAUGUGAUGUUGUUGUUCCAUAACGUUUUCUGUCAAUAGAUAUCCAUGUGCUUUGCAAAGGAGUUCACCUGGAAACAAAAGAGCAAAAUGCUGGUUAGCUCCAAAUCGUUUUGUUUUGCUUCCUUUGGAAAAACCUAAUCUCAGGCCUUUAUGUUCAACAUGUAGCUCUGAAGCAGAUCUGGCAUCGCAUCUUUGAGGCAACUUGCAUUUAAAUCAACGGCCGACGUCUCUGCUUCCAUGGAUGGAGAUUAAUUCCAGUCUCCAGCUCCAGAAUCUCAUCUUUAGCAGCACAGAUAAUAGCAAAGACUCGAGGCUCUUCCCAGAAGUGUAGCUGCAUUAUGAAGCUGCUGUGACCGCAGCGGAGCUGAUGACAAACAUCUGUGUGUCCCGAGGAACUCGUCCUUCAGAUGGGCAGGGACUGAUGUGCAUGGGGCAGAACCGGCUCCUGGCAAUUUGGGAUUUGCAGACUUGGGGUUUGCAGCCACUUCUCUGGGGACCUUUUUCCAGGAUGGAGCCCUCAGCUCUCUUGCUUAGAGCCACAGCUCUGGGCUCAGUUCCUUCCAUGCAGAUUCUGGAGCUGCUCCUUGGCCUCAGCACAAUUAGGACCUUGACUUGGUGGGGGUCAAAGUGGGAAUUCUUACAUCACAGUGCAGAACCCCCGUUGGCAUCUCCAACAGCUCCAAGCUGCCUCCUGUGGCUCUCCAAUUUAAUUAGGCAGUGGCAUCAUUGUAUAGUGUUUUGUGCUGUUCUGUAGGGCCUGGAAGAAAGUAUCUGUUCACAGCUUGCAGAAUUACUAGAAGCACCAGCUCUGACAGCGCUCUGCAUCAAGAAGGGCCGUAAAUUCAUUUGGCAUAAAAUUGUAACAGCUAUCCAGAAUUUGCCAGAAGGAAGAAAACCAACCCGGUUCCUCCUGCUCUGAGAGCAAGUCCAAUAAAUUUAAUUUAAAAA